UCUGUGUUAGAGUUUUACUCGCUACAGGGUGUACUUUGGGGGUUUGUGACUUUGCAGACCGUUUACAUGCAUAAAAACAUUCAUAACACACAAUGGGACGGGUAAUACUGAAAAAGCAUGACAUGGGACCUUUAAGCUAGGUUGCUUUACCUGUCGUACCUUAAUGACGUCAAUGAGCCGCGCCCGCCGUGCUGCAAACAAAUACUAUUGGUUAUUUUCAUAAACACAUACAGCACAAUAACACUAGAACAAUAUUUAUUGUGUGUAAAAUAAUAGAUAAUGAAUGGCUGGAAUUGUAACUUUGAGUAGAAGCUGUCACAUCUGUCGGAACUCUUAGGAGGACGGACCUCCUGCAUUCGAUAUGUAUCAGACUUUAUCAAUAAGGACAGACUAUCAGCGUUGACUAGUUACAUUUGACACAUAUAUCUGUUUUAUAUAAAUUAUGUUUCAUGUUGUAGGUUAAAAUCGCCGCUUUACCAUUGAACCGGAAGUGAAAGCAACCAACCAAUCAACUUCACGAAAAACUAGUCAUGCGCAGUAGAGCUUGUGAUGGCAGUAUGGCGUGUGAAGGUUAAUGCCAGCUAAACAUCAGUAAACGUAACUAUUACUGCCAUUUAACUAAAGUUUGGUUCGUUUUACUAGCGUUUACAGAUUGUGUCACUUUAUAACGGUGUUACCAUCGCACAGGCUUCAGGGUUGAGGUCUUCUCUCUGCUUUGCUCAGCAGUCAUGGCCAGUCUGUCCAGCUAUGCCAUGCGCAUGGCCAGACUGAGCGCACAGAUCUUCGGGGAGGUGGCGCGUCCAACUGACUCCAGAUCGCUGAAGGUGGUGCAGCUGUUCCAGGAGCCUCCCAUGGCCCAGAGGAAGGAGGUGUAUGACUGGUACCCACAGCACAAGAUCUACUACUCCAUGACCCAGAAGCUCCGGUUCAUGGGACUGUUCAGAGACGAGCAUGAAGACUUCAAGGAGGAGAUGCGUCGCCUGAGGAAACUGAGAGGAAAAGGGAAGCCAAAGAAAGGAGAGGGGAAGAGAGCCAGCAAGAGGAAAUGAGAAGUAUAUCUUGGUUUGGGCAGACAGCUUUGGACGCUGUGCAUGCUGUCUUUGGACAUUACUGUUGCGGGAUGUCGAUGCCGAAAUAAUUCCAUUGUUUUGGUCGGAAAUGCAGUUCCUUUGUCACAAACUUUUCUAUGUUGGGAAUACCUUAGCUCGGCAUGACAUCAUCCUGUGUCAGUUGUACUGAAGUGAACUCAAUGCUUUUAUUGUUGAACAUUGUUUCAAAUAUUUCCUUUAAAGAUACUUCAACAUGUUUAUGGUAAGGAUCAUGUGACCACACAUGUGACGAGAAGAAGAUUAUGUCCAUGUUUUAUAGAACUGUUAUUGGAACGGCUGGAAAAAGAUGUAAAUAAACAGGCAUCUUGUGUGUUUUCAAAAUAAAAAUCAAUGUAAGACAGCGAA